AUGGCAAGAACAAACCCCCCACCUGCAUUGUCGAUAAAGACUCUCUUCACUCCUUCCACCUUUGUCUGCCUCCUGGCCCUCUCAACCUGCACACCCACCAGCGCCCUCCCCAUCUCCACACCCCACUCCUCUUCUACAACCGCAUCCUCAAUACCCUCCAACUCCAAGGACACCACUUUCACCAACAACAAUGCCAUCGGCGCUCGCUCAAUAGAACCCAUCGCUGCCGACUCUUCUUCAACUCCCUUCCGUACUGUCUCUCGCCCAAUCUCCAUCCACGUCGAUCUCACAGCAGCUGGUAGCAGUGGGCUAUCAACUCCCUACGAACGCCUGAUCCGUCACACCGAACAACAGGAGCAACUCUUCCGCGACCGAGAGUCAGAGGCUUUGGCCCGUCUUGCUCAAGAGCAGGACGAGCUUGAGAAGGCCGAGCAAGACCGCGACCAGCUGCUGGACAAUGAGGAAGAGGAGCAGCUCGCUCAAGAUCCUGAAACUGUCAGGAGACGCCAGGAAGAGUCCCUGGGUCUCUGGAUGACUGAGGCCGAUUUAGAUGCCGCCUCUAUUUCAUCUUCCAACAAGGUCGUCGUUGCAGAAGCUCCUUUCGUCGUUGCAGCCUCCUCGAUCCAGGAGGAGGUAGUAGAGCCAAAGGAGGUCAUCGCCGUCGCAGAAUCGGAGGAAGGGGUGAACAAGGUCUCCGCCUUUGACCUGUACGCUGAUGAUUUCGAGGAGGUUGUGGCCUCGUCCGCUACAGUUGUCAAGGUCGGAAGGAAGCAGCAUCUCCGUCGUCUUGACCCCGAGUACUCUGAGGAGGAGAUGCUCCAGUGGCCCAUCGUCAACCCGGCCCAGUUCGAGGACCGCCAGGACGAGGUCCAAGAUGAGUACGAGGAUGACCAAGUCUAA